UAGAGAAAUAGUAUAAUAACAUUGCACACACAAAUAAAUUGAUAUAAACUUAACUAGCUACGGAGUAGUAAAUUAAACCAAAUAAUUAAAGAUGGACAAGUUUUCAGAGUAUAGUUCAUGGCUUGCAGCUCUUAUGUUCUGUUGGACGUUAUAUCGUCAUUACCUCCCUUCCAAAAUACGUGAGUCCAUUGAGUAUUUUAGCAGCCGUUUUACACACAAAUUUGCUAAUUAUUUCUCCCCUUACCUAGAUAUUACCUUCAAUGAGUACACUGGUCGUUUCACUCGAAGCGAAGCUUACACGGCCAUCCAAAACUACCUCAGUGAUAAGUCUUCCGCCAAAGCCAAAAGCAUGAAUGCUGAUUAUAUCCAAGAUAGUAAGUCCUUGUUGCUUAAAUUGGGGGAUAAUGAGGAGAUCAUGGAUGUCUAUGAUGGUAUUCAAGUCUGGUGGUCUUUCAAAAAAGAAGAAUCCAGUCAGCCAUCCUUCUCUUUCUUUCCAACUACCCCUGAAAAAAGAUCCUACACACUGGUGUUUCAUGGCAAAUACAGAAAGUUAAUACUAGACAAAUAUUUGCCAUAUGUUUUAGAGGAAGGAGAAUCAAUCGCAGUUCAAAAAAGGAGGCGAAAAUUGUUUACAAACAAUGCAAGUGGUGAAGAAGGUAUGUGGGAUCACAUUGAGUUCAAACACCCUGCAAGAUUCGAGAUGUUGGCAAUGGAGGAAUCUAAGAAACAAAUGAUUCUUGAUGACUUACAAUGGUUCAAGAGCGCGGAAAAGUAUUACGCGCAAAUUGGAAAGCCAUGGAAGCGAGGCUAUCUUCUUUAUGGUCCCCCUGGGACUGGCAAAUCAACUCUAGUAGCAGCAAUGGCUAAUCUUCUAGACUACGACAUCUACGAUCUUGAAUUGACAGCGGUUAAGGAUAACAAUCAACUAAGAAGGUUAUUAAUUGAAACCACUUGUAAGUCCAUCAUUUUGAUAGAAGAUAUAGAUUGUUCAUUGGAUUUGACAGGUCAAAGAAACAAGAAAAAAGCAAGAGAUGAGGAAAAUAAUGAUGAAAAAGAUCCAUUGAAGAGUAAACUUGUAAAAGAUAAAGUUGAAAGUGAAAAGAAAGGAAGUGACGUUACUUUGUCUGGUUUGCUAAACUUCAUUGACGGAAUAUGGUCAGCUUGUGGAGAAGAAAGAAUCAUCGUGUUUACUACCAAUUAUAUGGACAAACUUGAUCCGGCUCUAGUACGACCAGGCAGAAUGGAUGUUCAUAUUGAGUUGUCAUAUUGUAGAUAUGAUGCAUUCAAGGUGUUGGCUAAGAAUUAUUUGAAACUCGAAUCACAUUCAUUGUUCCAACCUAUUGAGAGAUUGUUAAAGGAAACAAAUAUUACUCCUGCGAGUGUAGCCGAGAAUUUGAUGCCUAGAUCACUCAAAACUACUACUGUUGAGGCUUGUUUGCGGAAUUUAGUUGUACUCCUUGAAAAGCCAAACCAAGAAAACAAGUUGAAAUCUGAGCAAGAAACUAUGUUGGAUAGUGGAGUGAAGUCAACAGUGACCUCAGAGGAGUCAUCCAAGGAGGAAACUUCCUAAGAAAAAAUCGAGGUCGGUUUUGAUAGAAUUAUUGCCUCGACCAAAAAUGAGCGUUGAAAAUAUUGUUUCAGAGUUACACCCACCUUUUUUUUAUUAAGUGGUGUAUUUUUUAUAUUCGGCCAAAUUUUAUUAGGUGGUGCACUUAUCAUUUAUGUAAACUUUCCCUCUUAUUUUAUAAUUUGCUUCUUUUUCA